GCUGAAACGAAACAAAAGCUUUCCCUCAAAUUGCUCGGCUUUCAUUCAGAGUGAUAACUUGAUCGUUGCGCUGAUGAGUUUGCCUGUAUUUCCCUAUUCUGUUCCACUUGUUCUGUCGUCGCGUUAUCAUCACGAAUGAUCGGAAAAAAGUUUCGUCAAUAAUUUAUUUUUAUAUCUAUUUUAAUUUCUCGCGAAUUCACCGUUGAUCGCGAUGAAAAGAAAAAAGGAUUUCCACGAAACCGCGAUUGUACAAUGUGAUCCGUUUCUAACGCAUCGUAGUGGAAUAAAUGUGAUGUUGAAGUAAAAUCCUCGCAUAGAUAGGUCCCGGUGGAAAAAAAAGUGUAUAGAAACGCACAUGCCAUGACACACUUGAAAAGAGUUUCGUGACAAUCUGUUUAAUCUUCGCUAGUAAAUGAGAUUUAUGGCGCAAACAGUCCUAUUUUUUUUUUUUUCAUUAUCUUUUCCGUACAUAAAUGAUAAGCGAAUGCGGGUAGAGGAUAAAAAUGAUGGAAUAACAGAUUUCUCGUUACGCGAUAGUGUACCCUCAGAUAUAUAUUUUAUUAGUAUUUUGUAAUUAUCUGAAGUUCAACGUGAAAUCGAGGAAAGAAUAAAAGUAAUGUGUCAGUGUUGAUGGGAAAUAUUGCACGUUUUUCUUUCUUCUAAGAAGAAUAUCGAAGAAACAUGUUGGCACGAAGAUACUCUAUUACGAGACCCACGCACCGCGACUUCGAAGGUUUCAAUUAGACGACGUAAUCAAGUGAAUCAGAACUAGUAAUAGCUUUUCGAGAAUCUAUCUUCAACGAUGAUGCUGAAGGAGGAACACGACGGUGGCUACAAAAGAAACUGUUGUCCAACAAUAAGAUCAUCGGGGAGCGAGCUCGAGAGACGAAAGAUAAGAAAAGAUCGACGAAUCGUCUCGAGUGUGACAACCGAUUGAACUGAUAGUUUCUUCUUUUUUUUUAUCGUGGAUCUACAACGUAGCCUAAAGGGAUUCUGGGCUCUGGAAUCAUAAGCUGGCAUCAUGGGGAAUGGUAUGAAUAAGGUACUUCCUGGCCUCUACGUCGGGAAUUAUCAUGAUAGUAAGGAUGCUGAUCAAUUAGAACGAUUCGAGAUCACCCAUAUUUUGGCAAUUCACGACACCGCUCGUCGAUUGCAUUCUGAUAAGCAUUAUUUAUGUAUACUGGCGUCGGACAGUCCAGAUCAGAACUUAUCUCAGUAUUUCUCCCUGUGUAAUGACUUCAUUCACGCAGCUCGUCUGCGCGGUGGAAACGUUCUGAUACAUUGCUUAGCCGGUAUGUCAAGGAGCGUGACAGUAGCAGUGGCCUAUAUUAUGAGUACCACCAAUCUUUCAUGGAAAGAGGCACUCAAAGUGGUCAGAGUAGGUCGUUCCAUUGCCAAUCCAAACGUCGGUUUUCAGCAACAGCUAAAAGAUUUCGAAUCUAGCCGAUUGCACGAGGAACGACGUAGGCUGAAGGAGCGAUUUCCAAGCUUGGCACUGGCAGAGUCCGAUGCAGAAGUGUGUCGUACUACUUUGAGAAAUUACGAAACCAUGGCAUUGGCACGGGAAGUGUGCGAGGGAAAAUGUGCCAUGGGCCGUCCUUGUCCGACUGGACUAUGCAGGCAACCAUCCAAAAGAAGUCCAAGAAGAAAGCCAUCCACGGGUAGUACUAGCAGCUUAACCAGUGGAAGAACUCCGCCACAAACACCACGAAUGUUACCGUCUGCACCACCAUCACCGGCUAUGCAGAGAUCAAGUAGCGUACUUUCGGCUGCGAGACCAAGAAGCGGUCCUGCAGGUUUACAUUAUUACACAGGGGGAUCUGCACCUCCAUCUAGAGCUGUGUCAAGGGUGGAUUUGUCCGCGGCUGUGGCGUGCAGCAGUAGCAGUACGAGUUUGUCAUCGGUGGGUAGAUCCGGUCUAUCUAGUAGUAAUUGGCGUUUAACAGCUGGAUCAGCCCCAAAUACACCGAGGCCAACACCACCGGUAUCUCCUCAACGUUGGCCAAGGAGAGCUUCCAAUCGCCAAACACCUCAGUUGCCAGUCUCAUCAGAAACUCCAUCUACGACGACGUAGCACUUGAGGAACUUCCGUUCGUUCACGAUUUUACCUGAAUAAUUUCAACGUCGUAUCACGUCGACGUAACGUCAGUAUUUCGUUGCGAUUCUGUUGCUUGAUGAGUGAAAGAAAGAAUCGUCGAGAAGUAUCGAACGACGGAGAACUUUGAUAACAUGCACUUAAGCUUCCCAGUUUGAAACGAUGUUCAAUUAUGUGCAAAAACUUUUUCAGGAGUCUCUCAGUGAACUGCUUCGAUCUGCUUGUGCUAAUUCGCGAGAUUGUUUGGCAAGACUAUAGCACUCAGCACAACGGUGGUUUCUGCUUUUACGGGUCGAUAGUUAUAUUUGUUAAUCGCGUAAGAAAAACGACAGACUGUCGUUUGUAUUGCUAAUAAUAAUUGCAGACGUCACAGGUGGAACCGCACAAGGCACACAUAUUUUCUUUUCGCUUCAAGCGAAUGCGUAAGGCGGAAAUUCAAUUGUUCAAAAGGGUUCGCGUUUCAGAAACUCACAAAUUGUUCAUUGACGCUGUAUAAUUUUAAACGUGCGUUACAAUCAUCGACAAUCUUACGUAUGGUUCUAGGAUUCUCGUUAAUUGACAUUCUUUUUUUAUAAAAAAAAGAGGUGUACCAUGAAUAUUGUUAUUUACGACGAAGCUAUGAAAAACUGUCCAAAAAGAUCUCUUCGUUUACUCGUGUAAAAGUCCACUCGUAGAGGAUUCAUUACUAUGUAUGGAACGUAGAGUUAGAAGUACAGAAAAUCAUUGCAUUCAAGGGAAAGCGCUUAUUCUCGUGUUUGUUUAUCAAUCAUCGAUUCGCUGUAGUUGUAAACUCGAUCAUAUAAUAGCACACGCUUGAUCACUUUUCUAAAAUCAAAGCUUGAUGCCAAUAUUUGUAUUCAAAGAGAAACUAAAUUUUAAUGGCUAUCCUGAGAGAUCGAGAAGGAGUAUGCCAUUGAUAUCGUUAAUAAUUGUGAAUAGAUUAUUUGAGUAUUAAAAAAAAAAAAAAUCGAUGAAACACGAGAAAUAUGAAAGGAUCAAGAGCUGUUGUUCCCUCGAAUCGUUCCAUUAAGUUUAUUCGCAACCGUCCAUUGCAGUUGUUGGAUUUUGUAGCGAAACCACGCUGUUUAGCGCAAGUUGUUAAUCUAAAAGGAAGCAUAUUAAAACAUAUUUGAAGUGUGUGUCGAUGGAAGCAUUUUAUGCACACGGAAAAUAGAUAGACUAUCUUGUCAGAGCUUACGGUUCCCGGCGCACUUCAUAGGCGGCCCCUUCCCUAGGCUUCCACCCGUGCCGUAGGCGGCCGCGGGAAGAAUGACGAGACAGUGAAGGGGCCCCCUAUAUAUAGGCCUGUGGCCGCCCGCCUCACACGCACUUACGCGCGAAAAUUUGAAUUAAUAUUUACUUUGUUAUUCGUACUGUUCAGUGCUAUACUAAAUUCUAUAAUAUUUAAUAAUUAAAAAUGAUGCUAUUUUUGUUCUAAGUCAUUUUUAAUAAUAAUAUUAUUAAAAUUAAGAUUUUGCGUGUGCAAAAAAUACCGCUAGACAUCGCACACACUUGUAUGCAUUUGUAGGCAUACGUUGUUGCAAAUGGAUUUCAGAAGAUUUUAUAAACUGUUGGCAAUGGUGAUUAUUAUGCGACUAUGUCGUAGAUUAGAUAGACACGUUGUUAUUUUUUCGUGCACCACAGGUAUGUACGAUUCACGCACGAUGAGUGAGAAAAGAAAGAAUCCGAGCGAAUCUUGUACCUCAUUCCUCUAAUCAUCGAGGCAUAUUUCUUAGAUUUACAGGAUAGAAAUAUUUAUUUUUCUAGAAUCACUCGAGCGUAUCAUAGAUUAAAACGGAAUAGUUAGAAAGUAGAGAGUAAAGUGCGCAGUUAAGAGUAUAUUAAAAAAAUAAGAAAACAAAAAAAAAGCAUUUCAGUCAACUUUUUAGCGUUAUUCAAUCCAGAAGGAUGAUUUUAACAAUAACACUGACUAGGUAAUUGUAACUGUAUUGUUAAAAUCACUUUCUUUGUAUAAGCUGUACUCGUUUGAAGAACUUGAUCAUUAAGAGUCCAAUCGAUAUGAUCGAUUACUGGUUUACUUGUUCGUUAUUAUUUUUAAAUAUUCAAUUAAAGUAUAGUGAUAAUGGAGCAAUAACGUGAUGUGAAAAACGUUCAUGAUUCAAAGUUUGAUCCAGUGAUCAAGUUCAUUUCCAUUGGUCUUUUCAAGAUCAUUAAUGUUCUCAAUUAAUUCAAAGGGGUACAACUAUGAUGAUGUUAAAAAUCCACAAAGUAUUUUUUAUAAACUUAUUGUUUUCAAACGUUUGCUGGAUAUUGACAUAUCGCUGUUAUAAUAAUUAAAUAUAUAUAUAUAUAUAUAUACACCGAUACACACAACGCUUGACCAUUUAAAUACGAAAAUAUAUAUACGUAUAUAUAUUUGUAGAGAAAGAGAGUGUGUGUGAGAGAAAGAGAGAAAACAGUUCUAAAUUA